UUUGGGCCUGAAGGAGAGCACCACUGGUCCAAGAAUUACCCAUACUGUGGAGGGACAUUCCAGUCUCCUAUAAACUUCCAGUCUGAGCUGGUGAGAUUUGAUCCAGACCUGCUGCCCAUUCAGCUGCAGGACUACAACCUGUCUACAGAAGAGCAGCUUACCCUUAGCAACAAUGGACACUCAGUACAGUUGUCUCUCCCAUCCCGAAUGCAUCUCUCUGGUCUUCCUCAUCGCUACUCAGCAGCUCAGCUCCAUUUCCAUUGGGGCUCCUCGAAUACGCCAACUGGCUCUGAACAUACCGUUGACGGCAAACAGUUUGCUGCUGAGAUGCAUUUGGUUCAUUUCAAUUCUGCUAAGUAUCCCAACAUCUCUGCAGCAGUGGACAAGUCUGAUGGUCUUUUUGUGCUGGGUGUUUUUAUUCAGGUGGGAGAGGUGAAUCCUGCUUUUGACCGGUUCCUUAAAUAUGUCAAAGGCAUCAAAUAUAAAGGACAGAAAGUGCAGGUGGCAGGCUUUAACAUCCGGGAGCUGCUUCCUGCCCGCCUGGAUGAGUAUUACCGUUAUGAUGGUUCUCUCACCACUCCUCCCUGCUAUCCCAGUGUGAUCUGGACAGUGUUCAGGAAUCCAGUUAGCAUCUCUCUCAGUCAGUAUCUGGCUUUAGCCACUGAUCUGUUCUCAUCUCAUGCUCAAGAAGCAGCCCCAAUGCCUCUACAUGGGAACUACCGUAAAAGUCAACUAAUGGACAACAGAGUGGUUCUGGCCUCCUUUCAGCAUGGCUGGGAGCUGCAUGGUGCCACUUCAGUGGCAUCUCCCAUGCAGAGGAGACUGGUCAUCCAGCAGCUACUGACUGGAGACCUUGCAGAUCUUGCAGAUGAGGGACUGCACCAUCUUUUGCCAAAACUUCAAAGAAAACCUGUUAAAAACUGGAGGAACAAUCGAAAGCAACAGCAUUUAGGACAAGUCACUGAGAAACGUCAAAAGAACAAAGAGCUUGACAGCACUGUAAACAAGCCAUCAGUCUGGAAGAACACCCAUGCAAGCUCCUAUAUGGGGAUGUUUGGUACAAAUGAUGAUGAUGUGUUGUGUUUUAUAUCCCUGGAGAAAAAUGUGUCCGCCCAGCUCAGGAGACAUCAUGCAGAUGCACAGAUGAUCCAAGCUCUGAGAAAAGCUGUGUUCCCACAGCUGAACCUGAAGAGCUACUUAAACUGUAGGUCUGAUUUGGAUUUGCAAACAAUCAGACACCUUCUUCAUUUAAGACCCACUGAUGAGGCAAAUGAGCUGGAUCAGGCUCUGACCAAAGUCAGUAAGGGGCAUAAGCAGAGGCCGAUCACGGAGUACCAGGGCUCAGCACUGACCAAACUAUCAGCACGUUCCCAAGCUGCUGUCCUGAAGAAUAGCCACAACAUGGUAGCCACUAAUCACAGACUGCAGCCUAUGGAGUGGGAGGAUUAAAACCCCACCGAGGCCAUAAACACAGGCUACAGAGCAUGUUAUAAUAGUCAUCAAAGACCUUCUAUCAUGCAGCCUCUGAGCAUUUAGUUCUUUAGAAACCUCUGUUAAUUUAACCAGACUUUUGGUAGUGCUUUAUGAUUUCAUGGGUUUAUGGGCUUAGUGGGUAAAUUAUACUUUUACUGAAAAAGACAGUGAAAACCCCAAAUGGCAGAUUUAGUGAUAUUUAUGUGACAGUUGAUGUCUGCCUCUUGGAUCAGACAAAUUUUGCCUAAAAAAAAAUGUAGAUCACAUAAAAAAACAAAACAAAAAAAAUAACCCAAAACAUCAAAAGUGGAUAUGAAAAUCAUAUAUAAUCAUAAUAUGACUCUUCCCUGGAAAUAAGAUAUUUUUGUAUUUUAUUGGGUUAGGUUCUGUCCUGUUUGUGUCACAGUUACUACAGUGUAAAGCAAUUAUAGCAUUAUAAAGUGGAAACAGUAGGAAAAGAUGAAGAAUAAUUGUGCUUAACUACAAAAACAUUUCUGAAAGUGUGUCAGAUGGUGUUAGAAGAAAAUACAAUAAAAUACU